GUGACGUUUCUUUUUAAACGUGCUGUUUACGAUAUCAGGCACGUAUAUUUUAAUUUGUUUAUUUUAAUAAGCAAUGGCGAAGUCAUUACGAAGCAGAUGGAAGCGAAAAUGCCGAGCCGUGAAACGGGAAAGAUAUGCAGUAAAAGAAUUGGCCAGAUUAAAGAAGAUGCUCGGGAUAAAAGAAGAAGAAAAAGUUACAGAAAGUGAGGUUAUGGAAUCUGAUCAAGUGAUUUUCUUGGACGCUGGUGAAAUUAACAAGAAGAAAAAAAACAAAAAGGUGAUAGAAGAGGACCCUGAAGAUGUGGAAAUGAGUUCAGAUGAAGAGAAAAUCGAAGUCGACGGUGAAAAUGGGAAGAAAAGAAUAUUCAGUUCAAAGACAUUGAAGGACCAAAAUGGACAGUACCCAGUUUGGUUGCACAAGAGGAAAAUUGCGAAAAUUAACAAAGUGAACAAGAAAAAUUUGAAAAAGAAGUCAAAAAAGCGUAGGCGAUGAUAGAAUAAAUAUAAAAUAAUAA